AUGAAUGGCUUUUCCGACCAUGGGCUCGACGAGGGAGCCUUUGGAGAGUCCAAGGCGACGUCUGUCGUGAAGGCCUUUGACGCCUUUCCCAAGACCAAGCCCUCGUACACGACCAAGACGCAGAAUGGAGGGGUGUGGACGCUCUUCCUUACCUUUGCCUCGUUCCUGCUGGCAGUGACCGAGGUGCGCCGCUGGUAUGUUGGCGAAACGCACCACACCUUCAGCGUGGAAAAGGGCAUCAGCCACAACCUGCAACUCAAUCUCGAUGUCGUCGUCGCCAUGAAGUGCGACGACCUGCACAUCAACGUCCAAGAUGCCUCUGGUGACCGCAUCAUGGCCUCCCAAGCCCUCUCUCGCAAUCCCACCCUCUGGUCGCACUGGCAAAACACAAAGGGCGCCCAUCACCUCGGUGGCAGCGCUGCCGAACGAGGAGGCCCGGACUAUCAAGAGGAGGAUGUACACGAUUAUCUCGGCGCCGCCCGCAAGAAGAAGAAGUUUGCAAAGACGCCGCGUCUGGGUAGGGGUGCCGUGCCCGACUCCUGCCGCAUCUACGGCCAGCUCGAGCUCAACAAAUUCGGCCGACACCUCGACCACCAAUCUUUCAACUUCUCCCACCAGAUCAACGAACUGAGUUUCGGUCCUUUCUACCCUGGCUUGGAUAACCCGCUCGACAAUACUCGCACAACCACCGACCAGCAUUUCGAAAAGUUCCAGUACUAUUUAUCUGUGGUGCCUACAGUUUAUACGGAUAACCCUUCCGCACUGCAAAAGUACGCAGACGCCGCUGUGCCCCUAUCUUCUGGCGACGACUCUGUCCCUCAACCCUACCUUCCCCGCAACACAAUCUUCACCAACCAAUACGCCGUCACCGAGCAAUCCCACAUCGUCUCUGAGCGCCAAGUCCCCGGCAUCUUCGUCAAAUUUGACAUUGAGCCUUUGAUGCUGACCAUUGCUGAAGAGUGGGGUGGCGUGUUAAACUUGUUGGUCAGAUUGGUCAAUGUGGUUAGUGGUGUGUUGGUUGCUGGUGGCUGGGUCUUCCAGAUCCAGGAGUGGGCUAAUGAGGUUGCGGGGCGUAGGAGGCAGAGAAGACAAGAUGGGUUUGGGGGUGUGUUGACGGGGAGGAAGAGUUUGGAUGGCAAGAGUUAG